AUGCGAAUAAUACACGGUGGUCCAACAAUUCGAAGUCGACAUUCAUCGGAAAAAAGUCGGGUUGCUCGUCGUUUUUUUCUGAUUCCAAUUGCUAUUUUGGUUGUUUUUGGAACGGCUGAAUUGACAAGAAAUAGAAGAGAAAUAAUAGAAGAACAACAGAAAUUGCACAACGAAAAUGGAAAACAAUUCAAUGGAUUUUUGAAAGCAAUUCUGCCGACUUGUAUGAAUAAAACAAAACCAAAUAAUAAUGAAGAAAAAGAUGGAGGAAAUCCAAGUGGAAAUGAUGAUGGACAAUUUCCACCGGAUCCAUUUACACAUGAACAAAGGAAAAAAGGAGCAGGUUUGAUAUUUUGGCUGUUUUUUGGAUUGAAAAAAUGUGAACUGACGUGACAAUCUAGAAAUUUUUAAAGUACUUUUCCAAGUGUUAAUUUUCUAAAAGCUUAAAAAGGAAACAAUUUCGAGAAAAGAACAACUUAUAGUUUUUCGGUUUUUAGACGGAACUACUUAGAAGCAAGAAUCUAUAAGCGCUCAUAUUUGACAUUUGAAUUUGUCUAAGCGUGAUUACUUGACAAGUAAGAAUCCUAAGCUCGACUAACUGAUUUUUCAUGCUAAAUUUCAAAUAAAAACCCCUAAUCUUCAUUUUUACAGUAUUCUUCCAUUUAUGCGGUUUGAUCUACAUGUUUGUCUCAUUAGCAAUUGUUUGUGAUGAAUUCUUUGUUCCAUCUCUCGAUGUUCUUACCGAAAAAUUAUCAUUGAGUGAUGACGUGGCAGGUGCAACAUUUAUGGCUGCCGGUGGAUCGGCUCCCGAAUUUUUUACAAGUGUUAUUGGUGUUUUUAUUGCUCAGAAUAAUGUCGGAAUCGGAACUAUCGUUGGUAAGUUCCAAUAUUUUUCUCUCUUAUGUAGUAUUUAAUUGUAAACAAAUUUAAUAGGAUCGGCAACCUUCAAUAUUCUCUGUGUUCUUGCAUUUUGCACAUUAUUCUCAAAAACAGUACUCGAUUUAACAUGGUGGCCACUUUUCCGCGAUGUUACUAUUUAUAUGAUUGCUUUAGCAAUGUUGGUUGUAUUUUUCAUGGAUGAAAUGGUAAAUGUUCAAAAUUUGAUUAAAUCUUUCUAAAGAAUAAAUACAUUUCAGAUAACUUUUCCUGAAGCAUUGGCAAUGUUCAUUGUUUAUAUUGUUUAUUGCACAAUUAUGAAAUAUAAUGUUCAAUUGGAACAAUUUUUCAAAUGUGGAAGUCCGGAAUUAGAAGAAGCAUCAGUUCAAGAAACUCAAAAAUUGGCAACAAAUGAGAUUGCUCAUAAUAAUAACAAUAAUAACACAAAUGGAGAUGUAAAUCAUUUGGAAAAUGGAGGAAGUGAAUUAAGAAGAAGAUCUUCGGCAAGAAGACAAUCUGUUCCGAUUCUUCAUUCUGGAACUAUGUUUAGAAAUGGAAUAAUGCAAUUGAUGAAUCAUACUUUGGAACAAUUACCAGAAGGUUUGUAGAAUAAAAUAGGAUGAGAGGAGAAAUGAAGUGUUAGGCUUACAAUUCACGAUUUUGAAAGUUAAGAUUGUUCUAAUAAAAAUCCAUUCAUUUUUUGUAGAUAGCGAAGAAGAUGAGAGUUCUCGUAGCCGCAGUCAUAUUAAUGUUGAAUCACAUGAUAUGAAUCAUUUGAAUACACAAAAUGUUCCAGAAAGAAGAUCAUCUCAAAUUGAAGAGAUUGUAAGUUGAAAAUACAAAUUAUCUGAUCCUAACAAAUAUUUUUGUUUUGUUCUCAGAAAUCACUUCUGGAAGAAGAGGAAGAAAAACCAUUGGAUAUGACUUGGCCAGAUUCUUGGACAAAACGUCUAACAUAUGUUUUAUUGGCUCCAGUUCUCAUUCCAAUGUGGGUUACAAUCCCAGAUGUUCGUCGAACUCAUAAUCGAAGCCUUUAUCCGUUGACUUUUAUUAUUUCAAUUCUUUGGAUCGCAUUUUUCUCGUAUUUGAUGGUUUGGUGGGCAAAUACAAUCGGAGAAACAUUUGAAAUUCCUACUGAAAUCAUUGGUUUAACUAUUUUGGCAGCCGGUACAAGUAUUCCCGAUUUGAUCACGAGGUAUUCUAAUUUAUCAUGAAAUUCUAACAAAACAAUCAUCAUAAUUUCAGUGUUAUCGUUGCUAGAAAAGGUCUUGGAGAUAUGGCAGUUUCAAGCUCUGUUGGUUCAAAUAUUUUUGAUGUUUGUGUAGGUCUUCCAAUUCCAUGGUUAUUAUAUUUCCUUAUGGAAUUUAUUGCAAAUCCAUCACAACCAUUGAGUCCAAUUAGUGUUAGUAGUAAAGGACUUAUUUGUUCAGUUGGAAUGCUCUUCGUAAUGUUAAUUGUCUUGGUUUUUGCAAUUUUCUUAUCCGGAUGGAAAAUGAACAAGGUCAGGAUUUAUUUGGAUAAUUUUUUUAUUAUUAAAAUUUUUUCAGAUUUUCGGAAUUUUGAUGAUCGUUUCAUAUUGUGUAUUUUGCUGUUUUUCGGUGGCAUUGGAAACUGAUAAAUUAGUAUGUCCCUUGAAUAUAUGUUAG